GUGCGGAGUGGAACGGCGCGAGUCGUGUCACUCCGAACAGUUUCUUUUCGACCGCGCAGCCGAUUGGUUGUCUUCUCCCUCCGUGUGUGCGAGUGUGUAAGGUGCGAUAAAACAAAAAAACCAGCUGGUACUGGCCGAUUAUAAGUAUUACUAUUAACUGACGGCCCGAACAAGUUCUUACGAUCGCCAAAUCGAAUCAAAUUAUUAAAUGUUUCCUAUUGUCGGCGAUAAGCGUUUUGUGGACUUUUUAUUUCUGUUGUGACCGCUUCCCUUUAACGCGUGUGUUUCGUCUAUAAAUUCGACGAAAUUCAAUUAACAUUGGCGGCCAAUUGGCAAAAAUAUAUCAAUAUUUUUGCGAUGGUAUUAUUUUUAUAAAUAAACAUACAUAAAUAUUUCAACAAGUCUGCCUCAACUUGUCGCGAACUUGCAAAGUCAGUGGAAUAACAAAAGAUAAAAAUAAUAAUAUUUAAAUAUUCGUGGCGAACAAACAAACAAGACAAAACAAAACAGAAGAGGAAAAUAACAAAGAAAAGACUCUGUAAAUUAUUCUUUGCGUCUUGUUUUCUGUUUCUGCUUUUGCCACCUUUUCGUCUUCUUCUUGAUCGUUUGGCAUCAUCCUCUUUGCCAUUGCUUCGUUACCUGAAUUGCCCUGGCAGCCGGCAAUUAUUUACGUUAUUCGACAACUCGCUCUCUUCCUGCCAACCUCUCUCGCUCUCCCUCUCUCUCUAUUUGUGUGCCUCGUGAGCAAAACAAAAAAGCGCAAAAAUGGCAAUGCAACGGGAGGCGGGCGUGCAGGACUUCGUGCUCCUCGACCAGGUCAGCAUGGAGAAGUUCAUGGACAACUUGCGCAAGAGAUUUCAGGUUGGCUCCAUCUACACAUACAUUGGCGAGGUGUGCGUCUCGAUGAAUCCCUAUAAACAGAUGAAUAUCUACGGCCCGGAGACCAUUCGCAAAUACAAGGGACGGGAACUGUUCGAGAAUGUACCGCAUGUAUUUGCCAUUGCCGAUGCCGCAUACAGGGUGCUCAAACAGCGUCACCAGGACACCUGCAUUCUCAUAUCCGGCGAGUCCGGUGCGGGAAAAACAGAAGCGUCCAAGAUCAUCAUGAAAUACAUUGCGGCGGUGACCAAUACACAGGGUCAGAAUGAAAUAGAACGCGUGAAGAACGUGCUGAUUCAGAGCAAUUCCAUAUUGGAGACUUUUGGCAAUGCAAAAACGAAUCGGAAUGAUAACUCGAGUCGGUUUGGCAAAUACAUGGAUAUAGAGUUCGAUUAUAAAGCGGAUCCAGUAGGCGGAAUCAUCACCAACUAUUUGCUGGAAAAGUCGCGUGUGGUGCAACAACAGCCUGGGGAGCGCAAUUUCCACAGUUUCUAUCAGCUUCUGCGUGGUUCCAAUGACAAUGAGUUGCGUCAAUAUGAUCUGCACAAGGAAACGGCCAAGUAUCAUUAUCUAAACCAGGGCAGCAUGGAUAUACUCACCGAGAAGUCAGACUAUAAGGGCACCUGCAAUGCCUUCAAGACGUUGGGAUUCCAAGCGGAUGAGGUGCAGACCAUUUGGCGUACAAUUGCAUCCGUUCUGCAUCUGGGCAAUGUGGAAUUCCAAACCAUUGAGGAUGAGCUGGUGAUCACCAACAAGUCGCAUCUACAGUCGGCGGCAAAGUUGUUGCAAGUUACGGAAUCGGAGUUGUCGGCGGCAUUGACCAAACGGACAAUUGCCGCUGGUGGCAAUGUGAUGAAGAAGGAUCAUGAUGCCACACAGGCGGAGUAUGGCAAGGAUGCACUGGCCAAGGCCAUCUAUGAUCGACUCUUCACCUGGAUCAUAUCCCGCAUCAAUCGCGCCAUUCUUUUCCGCGGCAGCAAGACACAGGCGAGAUUCAACUCCGUAAUUGGAGUGCUGGAUAUUUAUGGCUUUGAGAUCUUUGACUCAAACAGUUUCGAGCAGUUCUGCAUCAACUAUUGCAACGAGAAGCUGCAGCAGCUCUUCAUAGAACUGGUGCUAAAGCAGGAACAGGAGGAAUAUCAACGUGAGGGCAUUGAGUGGACCAACAUUGAUUACUUCAACAACAAGAUCAUCUGCGAUCUCGUGGAGCAGCCGCACAAAGGCAUCAUUGCCAUCAUGGACGAGGCGUGCUUGAGUGUGGGCAAUGUUACCGAUGACACCUUGCUGGGUGCCAUGGACAAGAAUCUGAGCAAGCAUCCACAUUACACGAGUCGCCAGUUGAAGCCCACGGAUAAGGAGUUGAAGCACCGCGAGGAUUUCCGCAUCACGCAUUAUGCCGGCGAUGUCAUCUACAACAUCAAUGGAUUCAUUGAGAAGAACAAGGAUACCCUGUAUCAGGACUUUAAGCGUCUGCUGCACAACUCCAAGGAUGCCAAUCUGAGCGAGAUGUGGCCCGAGGGUGCGCAGGACAUUAAAAAGACCACAAAGCGUCCUCUGACCGCCGGCACACUCUUCCAACGCUCGAUGGCCGAUCUGGUGACGACACUGCUGAAGAAAGAACCCUUCUAUGUGCGCUGCAUCAAGCCCAACGACAUCAAGAGCUCCACGGUGUUCGACGAGGAGCGUGUGCAGCAUCAGGUCCGUUACCUGGGUCUCCUCGAGAAUGUGAGGGUUCGCCGUGCCGGCUUUGUGCAUCGCCAGCGUUACGACAAGUUCCUCUUGCGCUACAAGAUGAUCUCCCAGUAUACAUGGCCCAAUUUCCGCGCCGGCAGUGAUCGCGAUGGCGUCCGUGUGCUCAUCGAGGAGAAGGGCUUUGCCCAGGAUGUGAAAUAUGGUCACACCAAGAUCUUUAUACGCUCGCCCCGCACUCUGUUCGCCUUGGAGCAGCAGCGCAAUGAGAUGAUUCCCCACAUAGUCACCUUGCUGCAGAAACAGGUGCGCGGUUGGAUCGCACGGCGCAACUACAAGAAGAUGAAGGCCGCCAUGGUCAUCAUGCGUGCCUACAAGACCUACAAGCUGCGCAGCUAUGUCCACGAGUUGGCCCAACGCUUCCGUCAUGCCAAGCAGCAGCGGGAUUACGGACGCAGCAUUCAAUGGCCACACCCACCACUGGCCGGUCGCAAGGCCGAAGCGAAGCUGCAUCGCAUCUUUGACUUCUGGCGUGCCUACAUGAUACUCCGCAAGUAUCCACGCAGCGAAUGGCCUCAGCUCCGUCUGCAGAUCAUUGCUGCCACAGCCAUUGCCGGUCGUCGUCCUCAUUGGGGACAGCAGCGCAAGUGGCUGGGCGACUAUUUGGCCAACUCGCAAGAUAACAGUGGCUACGAUGCCUACAGCGCCAAUGUGCGUAAUCUUAAGAACAGCGGCGCUGGUGACGGCAUCCGUCAGGUGCUCUUCUCCGGCUUUGCCAAGAAAUUCAACAGACGCAACAAGCAGGCGGAUCGCGCCUUCAUCGUCACCGACACCAGCAUCUACAAGCUGGAGGGCAUCAAGAAGAAGUUCCGCGAUAUGCAGCGCUCUAUAGCCAUCAAGGAGCUAACUUCUAUUAGCAUUACGCCUGGCCGGGAUCAGUUGAUUGUCUUCCACUCGCCCAAGAACAAUGAUUUGGUCUUUGCACUUCAAGGCGAAACGGCGCCAUUGAAGGAGGAUCGCAUUGGCGAAUUGGUGGGCAUUGUGUGCAAGAAAUACUACGACGUCACGGGCACCGAGUUGCGUGUUAAUGUGGGAGCCAAUAUUGCCUGUCGGCUGGGCGAAAAAGCACGCACCAUAGUCGUGGAGGCGGCAUCCAAUGUGGAGACUCCUAACUUCCGUCAUGCAGCUGGGAACAUCAUCUUCGAGGUGCCUGCCGCGUAUUGCGUUUAGAGUACCACACACAUACACAUCAAAAGCCCUUUGUAAAUUAUAUGCAUGUUAAUCCUAAGAGACUUUCUUAUAUAUCCCCGAUCCAUGUUAACCACUUUUGCAAUCCACUUUGUAGUCUGUAGUAAGGUCUGUAGUUAGUCUUCCCAUUUCUUCUUCUUUCUUUUAUAUGUUGUAUGUUUAGAGUCGAGGGGAAUCCCUUUGAUUGUGUAGUCCUUAAACGAUUUGUACAUUUUUCUAUUAAUUUAUACUUAAUUAAUCUAAUAAUUACAUCUAAAGGAGUACUCUUUGUACUUCAUCAGUUUUGUUACAAUGCUGGUUGAUCCGGUCUGAUUAAAAAAAGUAUUAAAUGUACUUUGUGCAUUUGUUAACUUUAAAUUUUAAGCACAUAUUUGAAAACAAUUUCAAUAGUGUAUGUAAUGUAUUUAAUCAAAAAGCACACAGUUCACAUUUCGUACUUAAUGAUAAUCAAAAGUGUGCUUAAGUGAUCGCUCGAUAAUUAGAACGUUUCAUUCAAAUUCUAGAAGGGACUGCGCUUCGAUUAAACAAUUUUAACUCAAAGCCGUUUUCUGUUUCUAGUUUUGGCAUACACUUUUACGAGCGUUCACUGUACCACAAUUAGAGUGUGCCAUUAUUUCUUAAAUUCUAACAUUACUUUAUAAUUACUGUACGCUAUUUUUAUUUAUAAAUAAAAUUGUAAUAAUUAUAAAAAUAAAUGUGUUUUUAUCAAA